AUAAAGCAAACUCAAUCAAAAUUUAAUUAUAAUCUCCACAACUAGCACACUGCUGUAAGCAAGGUGCUGCCCCCGAGCUAUAUUUAGUAAAAUAAUUAUGAUCUUAAAAUGUCUGGACCCUCUGUUUUUGUGGACAUGUUGUUUUUCGUCAACGUAAAUGUGCUUCGGUAGUACAGAACCACGCUGGCGUGCGUCAGAGCGUUUACUGCGCAUGCUCGACGCGCAUCGUCCAGCCUUGCCAAGACCAGCCCCUAUUCUUCACCAAUGAACGGGCAAAUUUACAAGCGGCAUACGCGUUUAACUAUGGCCGAGACGGACGGUGACAGCUUAUGAACAAUUCGUUGAAUGACUAAACGACAUAGUUAUCGGCUAGACUUAACGUUGGACAUAAGGUAAGGCAUUUUUUCUUUCUAUCUUAAUAAAAUGAGGUACCGGGGGGCAGCCGUAUGGGCCCUGCUGCGUGCACGCUUUCCCGGUGCUACCAGGCGCACACGUAAAGGUGAAACACAAAUUGCGUUCGGAACAAUCAAUGACAGCGCUGCUGAAUGUCAUUUCAGCAACCAUCCGCAAUGGUUCCUCUCUGUAGCCAGGCUUGACAGAUGGUAGUUUGGUUGUAAAAGCCGCGAGACUGAAGCUCCGGGCAAGAAAGGUCUGCUCCUGGGUCCGGUCAGCAAUAACGCGCAUCCCAUCUGGAGAUUUAACGAUCGACCCGAAUAUGAAAGAUGGCAAAUGCAUCACUCAGCAAAGAUCCAGAGCGCAAUCAUCAUUUUCUCUCAGUCCUUUCUGGGCACCGUUUAAUUUGGUAGUUUUAUGUGAUUUGAUACAGAUUGCGCAGGAGCAACGUUCAAUAGACAAUCGUUGAUUUAGUAGGGAAUCGGGUUUAGUUCAUCUCAGUAAAAUCAUGGAUAUUUGGACUUGGCUGUGUUAAGAUACCUACUUCCUGUCCUUAAGUAUGGAUCAAGAUGAUGAUCAUGAACUCUGCGAGGCCCCUUUGCAUGGCCUUUACGGGCCCAACCGGAUGCGUCCGUCCUCGUACCGGGCACUGCGGAGCGCCGUGUCCAGUCUGGCGCGCAUUGACGAUUUCUUCUGUGAAAAAAUCGGCUCCGGCUUCUUCUCUGAAGUCUUCAAGGUGCAGCACAGGAUCACAGGGCAGGUGAUGGCUCUGAAGAUGAACACACUGGCCAGUAAUAAAGCUAACAUGCUGAGAGAAGUGCAGCUCAUGAACCGUCUUUGCCACCCCAACAUCCUCAGGUUUUUAGGGGUGUGUGUUCAUGAAGGACAGCUUCAUGCUCUUACUGAGUAUAUUAAUGGAGGAAACCUGGAGCAGCUGCUGGACAGUGAUAUAUAUCUGUCAUGGAGCGUGAGGAUCGGUCUAUCUCUGGACAUUGCUAGAGGAUUGCAGUAUCUACACAGCAAGGGUAUUUUCCACCGUGAUCUCACGUCCAAGAAUUGUCUGGUGCGUUGUGAAAAUGGUGCUUUCACAGCUGUUGUUGGGGACUUUGGACUGGCAGAGAAAAUCCCAGAUUACAUUGAUGGUGUUGAAAAGCAACCUUUGGCUAUUGUGGGCUCCCCCUACUGGAUGGCUCCAGAAAUGCUGAGAGGAGAACUGUACGAUGAGAAGGUGGAUGUCUUUUCAUAUGGAAUAAUUCUUUGUGAGAUUAUUGCCCGAAUUGAGGCCGACCCAGAUAUCCUCCCUCGAACAGAGGAUUUUGGAUUGGAUAUUGACACAUUUGAGCACAUGGUGGGAGACUGUCCACCUUCGUUUCUUCGAUUGGCUGUCAACUGCUGCAAUAUGUGUGCAGACAGUCGUCCUGCCUUCUCCGAAUUAGUAGUGACCCUUGAGAGCAUACAGCGAGAGAGAGAGAAGAGUGAAGCUCCUGUUAUAUUAGAACCUGUUGCCAUUGACGAAAGUCCCUACAGGAGGAGAAGUUCGCUAUGCCAUCCGGUUAACCAGCGUCUGUCGCGCAGUCAGUCAGAUGUAUUGCCUCCUGCCACAUCGCCGUGUUUGGGUACACCUGCACGGGUCAACCCUUUCUCUCUUCGCCAAGAUCUCAACGGUGGUCGCAUCAAGCUGUUCGACACCCCUAGCAAAUCCGUCAUCUCUCUGACUUUUACCCUACCACCACCUCCAGACCCCUGCACAUCCCCAGCUCUUAACUGCAGCUCGGGAUUCCGCGGACCGCCUCGAAGGUGCCGGUCCCUACCGUGCACUCCCGAUCUGGGUAGACAGCUUCCAUUCCAAGAUCAAGAGGGGAAGGAAACAGAGCAGAGCAAUGAAGAACUACUUGAAAAUGAAAUGAAUAAGAAAGAGUUGGAGCUAUUGAAGGAUGAGGUGGAUGACUCAGACCUGGUGCUGGACUUAGAGAUGGUGUCUUUAGAGCGGGUAGAUGAGGAAGAGGAUGAAGAUGUUGAGAAGGACGGAUUGUGCCACACAGAACCAAUGGACUGUAGCAGCUCCCCCGACACCAUGCCAGGAAAGCGGUUUAUAUGCGGUUCUUAUUCAUCCUCCUCCUCCUCCUCCUUAAAUCCCAAUGGCUGGCCUGCGCCGAUCUCUAAUGGGCCACCAUUAUUACCCUCCCUUCCCCGUUUUGACAAUAACAAUAGACUUCUGAGACCUGGGCGGCCAUUAGCAUGGGCUAGACUAAACGGUUACCGCGGCCCUGCCCCAGCAUCAUUACCGCCUACCGCCGAACAAGAUGAUGUCAUGUCUUGUCCGGCCUGCUGCCUGGCUGGGUUCAGUUUCCCUUCCUUGUGCCUGCGCAUAGCCCCUUCUCGUCGUGGACCUCCAAGACGACCAUACAGGAACUUGAAUGGAGGGGAGACGCCCGCAACCACAGCAAAGGGACUGCUCUGUCGGGGAGCGAAGGGCCUGGCCCCACCCACAGCAACCUGUGAGCCAGGGUUACCCCUUCCAGAGGCCCAGACCUAAUGGAGUCAGGCCAAAGUAUUUAUGGCACAUUUACUAAAAGAAGGCUGUGAAUCACAAGCACUAGUUUUGCUGUAUGUGGUUGAAACAGUGAAGUAAAUAUAUGUACUGUAUCAUAUGUGAGAACAUAUAGAAUUGAAUGAUAAGAUAAAAGGCAUGCUGAUCUUGGUGUUGGUCAGUUACACCUUUAUCCAAACUCACAGUUAAUAUUAUUAUACAACAAUGGGUGCUUUUUGACGUGUACUAUUUUAGCUCCGUUAGUGUUGGAUUGAAUCAAAGCCACUGUGUUUAAACGAAAACUGUGUUUGGAAAGACAAAAUAGUGGCUUGUAAAGUAUUUUAAACAUGUCUUAUUUAUUUAUUUAUUUAUUAGAUAAUCAUUCCUCAUUAAGAUUGAGUGUUUUUAUGAGAGCGUACAAAUAUACGUGACACUGUGUGACGUUCGUUGAUACUUCUUUGUGAUACAUAUGUAUGUUUAGAUGCAACGUACGCAAUACAAUAUAUGGUGAAUCUGUACACUGUUCUAUUUAUUAGACUUUUAUAAAUGAAAAACAUUUUGAGCAUUACACAAAUUAAGACACUUAGGGGGUUUUGGCUAGAAUGGAUACAACAAAUAGCGAUAUCUUGUGAGAUGAUGAGUUUGGGUAUAGGAUUAAGGGGGUCGCAAACAGGAUGCGCAGCUCAGCGCCGCACACCGCCGCACCGUUCUUAAAAACUCAAACACAUUGCUUUCUAUGAGUAUAUGCAAACCGCCCAGCUACGACUCACGGUGCAUUCACAUGGGGCGUAAGCGUUAACGCUUCACAUUCACUUUUAAUGGGUGACGUCAUGCUAUGCCGAAUUGAAUUGUGGAUCCGUCAGCGCCGCGUCAGUGCUGUGCUCGCGGCAGAAGUUGAACAUUUCUCAACUUUUCAAGCGGCAACGCGUGCGUCAGCCAAUCAUAUCACCUUAUGCAAAUAACCUAGGCAGAGCCAGCCAAUUACGUAUAUGGAUGCUCCGGCCACUGUGAUUGGUUGUUGGCCACGCUUCAGACAAGCCUUACGUUAACGCUUACACCCCGUGUGAAUGUGCCGUCAGGAAGUUGCUCAAAUCCCUGUCACGCCACUCACAUAGUUUAACAUUAAAUAACAUCAUAUUUGUCCCAAAUCAUUAACAUUGGCUGCUAACGUAUAUUUAGCAUUUUGAAGUAGACGCUAUCUGACGAAGCUUGCACUAUUUAAUGUGCACUUCCGGUUUACGAUACCUCAGAGUUGUCCUAGACGCGACACUGAGCUGCGCAGCCGGUGUGCGACCCCCUUUAAAACAGCACACAUUCAGCAAGACUGCAUGAGUUUUUGGCGUUUGCUGUAUCCCUUCUAGCCAUAACCACUUAGAUUGGUGCUUAUAGAGUGCGUCGGUUUAUUUUUUAUAUCUCCCCCUAGUGGUAAGGAGGAUUUAUUGUUGCUAGACUAAUGCUGCUCUUAAUGAAUUUGACCUUUACCUUUGAUCCAAAACUAGAUCAGCUUUAUGUGAUGUUCAAGGUAUGAAUCGUAUGUAGAAAAGCUGUUCUUAGACCUGCACAAAGCCGCAUCUUUAACAUGGUGUUUAUAUCCACGUAAACCCAUUUGAACUCAUGAUUUUGUAAUUGAAUUUCACAGGAAUCUAGAUGCAGUGAGUGCAACUUUCUCGUAUAAUUCGGUCUAAAAUAAAUAAAUAAACUGUUGAGGUCUUGAAUGAGUUUGUGGUUACAUUUAAAUCCAGAAACUCACACAGAUUGUAAUGUUGUGUGUCUUCUGGUCUGUUUACAAUCUGUCAGUCAGGCACGAUUACUGAAGUGUAUAUAACAUCUCUGAAAUACAUCCAUGCUGAAUUUUCUCAUCCUUGUACACCUGCUUAUGAGUUAGGCAAAGGAAGUAUCUGCAUGGCGAGUACUGCACUACACAAGCGAUCUGUACAUAGCAAUGCAUGACAAUAGACAAAAAGGUGUCCAACUUGUUAUUACUUGGCUUCAGGCUGCUAUCAGAGGUGAAGAUAAAGUCUCAAGACAAAUUUGAAGUGAGAUUAGAUAUGGAUGUAAUAAGAAGUGCUCUUGGUUUAUCUAAUUGAUCAAUUUAUUGAUUUCAUAACUUGGUGAAGAAUGUUGUAAUUUAAAAAUUGCUUUGUUUCAAUUGUUAAAAAGUAAUAUUUGGAUACUUAUAUGUCCAGUAUGAAACUGAGAGAGUUAACUUCAAUUUUGUCAUUUUCUUUAUAGAAACUUGAUAAUGCUAACCCAUUUUUGGUUUACAGAAGAGAAAUUCUAAUGUAAGCAAUUUGAUAAUGUGGACUUUUAUAACUUGCCUCCUUCAGUAAGUAAUGAAGUGAUGUUAACAGAUUGGGCAUGGAUGCAUCUGUAAAGUCACAUUACUGUAUUUUUUUUUAAGAGAGAACAUGUGUCUCUCUAAACGCAAAGCACUUAUCACUAUUAUUAUUGUCAUUAGUUCUGGGGAACAACAGCUUUAAUAAAUGUCAAUGAUUCAUGUUAUUUAUGAAAAUGUCAAAUUAAAAAGACAAUGUAAAAUGCUG